GAUCGAAUUGUAAUCAGGCCAUAAUGCUUAUUAGUGAAGGUGUUGAUUACGACUAUGAUAUAUCUAUUUUUAAUGAAUCGAAUUGGCAAAAGAAUUUUCCUGUCAGAAUAUUUACAUACCUCGUUAGUACUGACAAAGAUGAUGAAAAAGAAAUGGAAUUUAUUGCAUGUUCGAAUAUGGGUUACUAUGUAAACAUGACUCUAAAAUCAGACAUCAGAGAGAAAAUUCUGCAGUAUCUUUUCGUCAUGUCGAGGCCCAUAAAUUUUAAGGUUCUGGAGAAGCAAGUACCUAUAUGGAGCUACUUGUACGUCGACCUAGCCGACAGAAGAUUAUCGAAUUGGCUGUGGACAAAAUUCGAGGGGAUUAGACAAAGAGAAGUGUUUCUAGACCAUUCGAAAAGAAGAGUGGACCGUCUUCAACUGAAAUAUGACAGCCAAAGUCACAUGCUACUACAGGAAUCCCAUAAACAAGUUCAGAUUUGA